AUGCUGCGUACCAUUCUCUUUCGUCGGGGUGCGUCGUUGGGUUCAUCCAAAUCACGCCCAUUGCGUAGUCUUAACCGUCAACUUCUCGACCUUAAGCGCGUGAACCAUCAUGCCGAGGCUCGAUUGCGGGAACGGAGGCGGCUAUUAGAGCUUUGCUCGCAACAGCACCACCAAAAAUCAAACCGCCGUCCGCGUUCAUCGUCCGCGGCCCCGGAUCCUGAUGGGGAUGCGGCCCGAGCCGAGCGGCAGCUCUACGAAGAGGCCACCCACGCCCUCCCACGCAACACCGAGCUGGAGAGCGCGAUCGCCUUCACCCUGACAGAGAACCGCGACGCGCGGGCGGAGUUGGAGCUCAUUCGGCGUUUUAUCGGCGGCGUGUUGCUCUCACUCGCGUCCCCGGUCGGUCCGUGGGAUCCGUACGACGUCAAACCGCAGGUCUUCGCGCUCGAUCGCUACCUCGCACUGCCCGUCUUCACCUCAAUUGAGUAUCUUCGCAUUUUUUGUCAGCGCUUCGGGUUCACGACGCGGGAUCCGAGUGGGGUGCUCUGGGCGAGCGGCGGCGGCAUGGCGACGGAGGGGGAGGUCAUCUCGCUGCCACGCGUGGUGCCCCCGGAAAACUGGGGGUGGAGAAACGGAGGCGCGCGCGAUGAUCCACCGUGGCGAUCACCGGAUGAACUCCCCACCUCCCUCGUGCGUAGUGGGGAUGGGGUUGAUGUGCAGGCGGCAGUCGCGCCCACUUCGAGCGCAUCUCACCUCACCUCAGGCGUCCUGAAUAACGCCGAAGCACUUUUUGAUGUCAUGGGAGAGCCCGAAGGCGUUUCUGAGGAUUGGAACUCCAAAUCGAAAUGCGCCGGUCGGGCGAUUCGUAGCUCAAAUGCGGUGAGACGGAGCCCGAAACGGAGGGCGGCGAGGCGUCCAACGCGGGGUACCCCGUCACUCCGAAAAGCUCGCAGGCGACGCAAACUUCCUCCGCGUACGGCGCCGUCAGGUGAUGCCGAAACCAAUUCCGCGGCGGAACGGGCCGACUUCGCAACGGCGGCCUUCUGGGAGGCGGUCGCGCGUGUGAGACCUUUUAACCUGAAGCAAGCCACCCCACUUCCCACCUUCGGGCCGUUCGUUUACCCACACUUCAUUGGGUACUUCGCGGAUGUCGACACCCUCCUCCACAACGCCUCGAUCGUGCCCGAGAAGGUCGACCUCAUCUUGAACCCGUUCUCCCCGCUGGAGAUGGUCCUCGCGCGGGAGGCGACCGAUCGGGUCUUGCACCACGAUCAGCUUCUCGCCUUGGCCUAUAAGCGGGUGGAGAAGCAGCUUUGCUUGGAGUUUCACGCGUUUUUUUCUUCCUAUUGCCCGGAGGUGCGGGCCGCGCGGAGUGCCUGCUUGCCACGGCCGUUGGCGUACGACGCGGCGGUGGAGGCGAGGGCCGCGGCCUCUCAGCGCUUCGCUGGGGUGAACGCACUGCAAAACUACCGCGAACGCACCCGGUUUUUGCGCGAGGCGCAGUUCAGCAAUGGCGUCGCGUACGAUCUCGUGAUCCUCCUAGAAAGUGACGAUUUCGCCCAAACCUACCAACGCCUUCGUUGGGGAAAGCAACGGUGUUUGCUGCUCGGCCAUGUAGAUCUGGACGUGCUUCCGGAAGAGGCCGCGGCCCCACAUGUACGGGAGGCCGCGCAGCUCUUUUUCACCCAAAAAGAUGCACGCAGCGAGGGUGGAAAAGAGAGCGUGUCUGCUUCGGAUUCGCUGCUUAAUGGAUUUAGGAAGGUCCGCGGGACCCACACCGUGAAUGUGGCUCAAUCAGCGGAGAGCUUUUAUCAUGAUCCUACAAAUGCCUACACAGAGGCCGAUGCUGUUUUUACCGAGGAACUCAAGAUCUGCCGCGACAACUAG